CGCGGCUUCGCUCUUACAAGCAGCGACACACACACUCACUCAUUCACUGUUUGCAGCCUUUAUAUAUUUAUAUGCACACACACACGCACAUAUGAAAAAAUCGGAUUGCUAAAUGUAGCCGACCGAUUGCACAGCGAAUCUGGUUCCCUGUGCCACCAGCAGCACCUUGCGGUCUGCUGUGAGGUUACAGACUCUAAAAAAAGGGGCAAAGGAGGGGAAAAAAGCAAAAUAACAGCAACAAUAUAUAUCUAUAUAAACAGCCCGAGGAUGCGGAUCCAUCCCAGCGAGGUGAACAGAAGAAUCGAUGCGAUACUGUAGUAGACAUGAUUUCUGAAUUUGUGUGCAGCGCGGUCGCUGUUGCCCUAUAUCUGAACACACUGAGUGCUGACUUCUGUUACGAUGACAGCCGAGCCAUUAAAGCCAACCAAGAUCUACUUCCAGAAACACCUUGGACAAAUAUCUUUUACAAUGACUUUUGGGGAACCCUUCUUACACACAGUGGCAGCCACAAGUCCUACCGCCCACUUUGUACACUUUCUUUCCGUUUUAACUGUGCCUUUGGUGGUAUGGAUCCCUGGGGAUAUCAUUUUGUAAAUGUGCUGUUGCACAGUGUAGUCACUGGUCUCUUCACAAACUUCUCGCGGGUGCUGUUUGGCGAUGGCUAUUGGACUUUCAUUGCAGGUCUGCUGUUUGCUGCACAUCCUAUCCACACUGAGGCAGUGGCUGGAAUUGUUGGCCGAGCAGAUGUCGGAGCUGGGCUCUUUUUCCUCCUUUCCUUAACGUGUUACAUCCGGCACUGUGCGUGCAGGCGACAUUCUGUAUGGAGCUGGGCCUGGCUAUUUGGAAGCUUCAUGUGUGCCGCCUGCAGUAUGCUCUGGAAGGAGCAAGGAGUAACUGUCCUGGCUAUUUCCGCUGUUUAUGAUGUAUUUGUAGAUCGCAAGCUCAAAUUUUACCAACUCAUCUCAUUGAUUCACAAGAGGCAGGUCACUUCCCUUUUGAUAAGAAUAGGACUGCUGGCUGUCUGGGGUGCCACUUUACUGGGACUUCGCUUGUACUGGAUGGGUAACAAACCACCAAGCUUCUCCAACUCUGACAACCCAGCGGCAGACUCGGACAAUCUGCUUACACGAACUUUGACCUUUAAUUAUUUGCCAGCAGCAAAUUUUUGGCUACUGUUAUGCCCUGACACAAUGAGUUUUGAUUGGUCGAUGGAUGCCGUGCCAUUGAUAAGAUCAAUCAAUGAUUGGAGAAACCUUCAUACAUUAGCAUUCCUUGUUGGAUUUCUGCUCCUCAUCUACAUCAGCCUGAAGAGCUCUCCAAAAGACAAAGUUUGCAAUGGCAAAACAAUGAUGAAUGGCAAACAGAACACAAAUGGGCACAGCUGCCAGUCAGGCAUGGAGCAUGGGAAUAAUGAACAAGGUUUUGAUUUAGUACCAAGAACUGACCACUUUGUUAAGGAUGAUUUAAUUCAGGGACAACCACUUCCAAAAGCUCAGAACGUUGUCAUUUUCUCUUUAUCGCUUCUAAUAGUGCCAUUCCUGCCUGCUACUAACCUUUUCUUUUAUGUCGGUUUUGUAAUAGCAGAGCGAAUCCUGUACAUUCCAAGCAUGGGUUUUUGUUUACUAGUAACUUUGGGCAUUAGGACCCUCUCUCUCAGAAUGAAGAAGAGAGUCUUUAAGAAUUUGAUUUUAUAUGCAGCUGCUGCUUUAGUCGUUUUGUAUGGAUUGAAAACCAUAUUAAGGAACAGAGACUGGCAUGAUGAGGAAAUGUUAUAUAGAUCAGGGAUAAAAGUGAAUCCUGCUAAAGCGUGGGGUAACCUCGGGAAUGUUCUGAAAAGCCAAGGCAAAGUUUGGGAAGCUGAAAAGGCCUAUAGAAAUGCCUUGUACUAUCGCAGCAACAUGGCUGAUAUGCUUUAUAAUUUAGGGCUGCUUCUACAGGAGAAUGACCGGUUCUCAGAGGCCUUACAUUACUAUAAAUUGGCAAUUGGUAGCAGGCCUACCCUGGCAUCUGCCUAUCUGAACACUGGGAUUAUCUUAAUGAACCAGGGCAGAUUCGAAGAAGCCAAGAGAACCUUUGUUAUAUGUGCUGACAUCUCAGACGAAAACCUCAAAGACCCUCAUACCCACAGGAGUUCUGUAACGAGCUGCUUGUACAACUUAGGCAAACUCCUACAUGAACAAGGACAGCAUGAGGAUGCAUUAGUUGUUUAUAAGGAAGCAAUACAGAAGAUGCCGAAACAGUUUGCACCGCAGAGCUUAUACAACAUGAUGGGUGAAGCAUACAUGAGACUGAACAAACUGACGGAGGCUGAGUUCUGGUACUUGGAGUCCCUGCGUUCUAAACCUGAUCAUAUCCCUGCCCAUCUCACAUAUGGGAAACUUCUGGCACUCACAGGACGUAAGGAAGAAGCUGAAAAAUAUUUUGUGCGAUCUAUCCAGCUGGAUCCUACAAAAGGGAACUGCUACAUGCAUUAUGGUCAAUUUCUGUUAGAGGAAUCUCGUCUGGUAGAAGCUGCUCAGAUGGCAGAGAGAGCAGCUGAACUGGACAGCACAGAAUUUGAUGUUGUCUUUAAUGCAGCCCACAUGCUCAGACAAGCUGGCCUGAAUGCAGCAGCUGAGAAACAUUACGGAUUGGCAGCAGGACUGCGACCCAACUCUACAUGCACAUGAUUUUGAACAGCUGCAUUCGGAGAAACCGGUUCACCAACAUCUGCUAAUUUACUUUCUCUUCUGUGCCUGAAAAAGAACACUUUGAAGUUUUGUCUGAAAUGCAUUAAGCAAAAAGUUAAGUGUAUUCCUACAUUUUGUUUUUGAGAUGCCUACAUUGAAUUCAGUACUUUUGAAAUACCUUCCUUCUACCUUUAAUGCCAUGACCCAGAUAACAUAUGUGUGUUAAUGGAAAACCAAUGUAUUUGUACUUUUUAUCCAAAGUAUUGUGACAAACCUUUGCUUUGCCCGUCAGAACUAUAUGGGUAGUAAAUUUUUUCACUGUAAAUUGUUUCUAUCCAAUGUCAUUUCAUCCAAACAAUCACAGGAUACUCAGUCUAGAGUUACACCUUCAGGCGAGGCACAGAAAUUAUAAUAAAAAGGUCUGCAUAGUUUGUAAAUCUCUGUGGUCAGUGGAGCUUUGCAGCCUGGAAUCAGUUUGUUUCCAUUCAAAUUUGUUGAACAUUAUAUCGUUUGUAUUAACAGAGAUGCCAAACAUGGAAUUCUGUGCAUGCCAGACUGACAAUUGCCAGUUAUUUUUGCAUGACUCUGUGCAUUACAUUGAGUAACAAACAUAGAGCCAAACAGACGUAAGCAUGCACCAUGCAGAAAGAAUCAGAAUCCUAAUAAAAAAAAGUUUUAGGUGGAAGAUGAUUGAUUUGACCACCCAGAACUGAACUUGGCCAAGGCUAUGCAGAAUUUGAUUGUCAAUCAGUAGCCAAAGGGACUUUCUGACCCCUGCACCUACAACAAAUACAAUUUAACAGUUUGUUAAUAGUUUGUUUACUAAAUGGCACAAACACAACAGGAUUUAGUAGAUUCACAUCAGUGGCGUUGAUCCUAUACAGCUAAAAAACAAUUAUGUUGUCUCAUCAUAUUUGUGUACUAUAGUCCCAAUUUAUAUUUAGCUUGAUUAGUUGAUGUAGAUUAAUGCCUAUUAAGUGUCACCCCUCCGCAAACCCAGUUUCAUUCUGAGGUUGGUUCUCUGUGUAUGUCGCUGAUAUUAUUUUGGAAUAGACGUAAAAAGAAUCAAUGGAGACAGUAUUUGACAAAAGGUUCUGAGUUGCCCCAAACUUAUUUAUUCAUAUGAUCAUUGCAAAGAACAACCUAAUGAUUAACUUGCAGUGAUGUGGAUCUCAAGGUUUUCAUGAGUUUAGAGUCUUUUCUUUGGGUGAUGUUGCAUUUGUCUGCUUUUUAGCCGAUUUUAUAAAACUUCUCAUCCACUGUCGGAAGUGAAGCAAGUCUUUUGAUCAUUUGACUUUAAAGCUGUAGGUGGUGUCAUUUUUUAUGUAAGUCUAGCAGUAGUGGAUUAUUGAACUCCAGCAUUAAUGACUAUCUUUAUUGAUGGGGUGAAAAGUUCCAUCAGCUGCAUUCAAUAAAAAGCAAUCUGUUUGAGAAACUUCAAUAUACAUUUAUUUCCCAUUCUAUUGCCCAUUCGUCUUGUGACCUGCAAAGCAUACAAACGUAAUGAAGGUGGCAUAUAUCCCGAAGCAAAUAUAAUGUCAGAGAUUGUUUGCAAAGAAAAUGAAUGGGUAAAUCAAGUUGAAAAGAAGGCUCUGUGAAUUGUGUAUGUGAUCAACAGGGUUUCCUAUUCAGUACUUGGAGGGCUAGGCAUUCCUUUUGACAACUUGUCUUAGUCCCCGAAGAUGCAUGGCAACAGAGAGGAUAAAGAUAAGAGAAAUGGCUUUGGCUGGGGCUUGGUUAACUGUGUUGUCCCAGAAACCACAGUUUUUGUGAAACUGAAGACUAAUGGUGAAAACCAAGACUGUUGUGUGAAUGUCUCAGAUGUGGUCAUAUCCUUCUUUGUAAACCAGCAGGAAAUUUGGCUGCAUACCAACUCUUCCUAUGCUUUUUGACAACGAAUAAAUAUGGUUCUACCAUAUGACUGAAAUUAGAAGCAUCUUUGCAGUUAUAACUCUCACCUUGGACUUCAGUGACAGGACACUGAAAAUAAUAGGCACAGAUGCUGCAGAUAUUUGAAGUAAUUUACUUUUUUUAAAAAUGAGAUGUGUUCAAAUAGCGAUGGCUCCAAAUGCAAAUGAUCAGGACCUUGGCUAAGUUAGUAUAAAAACUCUUUGAGUGAAAUUUUGAAUUUUCUGAGCAACACGACAUAAUUGUAACUGUGUUUGAUAAAGCUGACAGCAGAGGUAUAGGAAUGACAUGCCAACGUUUGCAGACUACGAACGAGGCAAACCACCUUCUUUAACCCAGCAUCAUUUUUAGCUGAUUUACAGUCUACUGCAGGUGAUUCUUUCAGCCAUACACAGUGCGCACAAGUUAUUGCAAGAAUGGGAGAAAUUUACUAAUUUCUACUCCUUAGUUAACCUAACAAUUCCAUAUUUAACCUAAAUCUAACCCUAUUCUGUCUGCCUGGGUGCAAAAGUAGGUUCCCCUGCAGAGCUGGUUCCCCUCUCCACAAUGGUGAAUGAGCCAAAAGCUUUUGAAUUUAGAUUUUAAAAUAUUGGAAAGAGGGUAUCUCCAGCUGUGGUGCCAUUCUCUUUUAGUUAAAUUGCAUUGUAGCCUCUUGCUCCUUUUACGAUGGAAGACCCGUACUUGGCCCUCCAGCUUCCAAAGCCAGCUCAACUCUCCCUUAAGCAGUUGGCCUAUUUCAAGGCUGAUGAUGAGAUGCUUUUGCUAAAGGCACUGCAGGGGGAUGUUUAGACCUUGGUUCCCAGCCCCUGGACAAUAUUCCUUUUCCUGGCUCUGGUAGCAAGCGGGCUAAGCAGCCUCUCAAAUUGAAGAAAUUUCUCAGACAGUGAAUAAGAAAGUAAAAAACACUGAUUACACCUAAUUUUUUUAUAAUUAUACAAGCAGUAAAACUGAUUUUGAUCAUGUAUAUGGGAUUAAGGUGAAAACUGAAAUACCAUAAACAAACAUUUACAUUGAUAUUACUUCUAAGAAAGUGGAAUUUUAUCAUUAUAGAGAAAAUUGACAUUUGACAGCACACAUUAUUUUCUCAGGGCAAGAGAUUUUGUUAAGCACUAAUUAUGAACAUAGUACAUAGUUAAAUAUCUGACUACACAUUAUUUCAUAUGGCCUAACCUUUCAAAAGGUUUUUACAGCAACACGAGCAGCAAAAUAAAAUAGUUCAUGCCAAUUAUAAGUGAUUUCAAAAGCUUUCCAUCCAUGAGGAAUUUAACAGAACACCAUGUGCAGUUGCAAAGAAUCACAUACAGCAACAUCUGAAUCUCUGUAUUUAACAGCACAGUGAUGGUCAAAGGUGUUAUCAGUUUUACACUUUUAACUCUGGUGUUUGCUGAAUAUUUUGCCAUCAAUACAACUGCAAAAUCUGUAGAGUCCCUCAAACCUCCCAUGAAAAUAAAUCUGUGUGCAUUCAGUGUUUAUAUCCAGCUUCUCUCUUCAAUGACUUUUACAACUUGCUGGGGUGUUGCAAAAUGAAAUGCUAGCUAUAACAACAAAACCAACAUUUAAACAAAGAUCUUACCUCUGUAACACCAAAUGUCAAAUAAUUGUUAUAAAUCAACAGGAGAAUGGGGAGAAUUUUUUUUACACUGAAGAUUAUCCAGUAACUAGAACUCGCUACCACAAAUAGUGGUUGAGGGAAAUAGCUUAAUUUUGUCAAAGGAAAUUAAAUAUCUGAGAAAAAAGGAAUAUUGGAAAGUGGAAAUGAUGUACAUGGAAUGGGGCAGAAGUUUGCACAGAUAUUAACACCAGCAUAGACUAGCUGGGACAAAUGGCCUGUUUCUGUGUGGUAUAUUGUGUGUAAAACAGCAGCUUAAGUCACAAGGCAUUGUGGCAUUGCACUUGCUGUAUAAUCGCUGGCUUUGACAUGUUAUAGCUUUAUUGCUAGGGUCAUUUUUGAAGUAAUGAGUUGCUUUUGAAAUGAUAUUGGUCUUAAAUUUGUGAUGUUUAAGAAAAUACAAAUCAGCGUCUUAAAGAGUCAAUUAAUGUUGAAUUGUACGAAAUAGUAUUUGAGUUUCAAUAUUCAUAAACUGAUCUAGUGAUGGACUGAUUCAUAUGAACAAUUGUUCAUUUUACAUCCCUCUUUGUCAUCACUAUUUUUUCAGUGUGUCUGAUUUGGCUCUAACUCCAAUUUCUUUUCUGAAAGUACCCUGUGGCAUUGAUGAACCUAGGAGCCAUUCUUCACCUGAAUGGAAAACUGCAUGAGGCUGAAGCUAAUUACCUCCGAGCUCUUCAACUCAAGCCUGAUGAUACGAUCACCCAGUCC